AUGGAUCUGCCAUCAAACGUCCGCGUCUCACAGCACCCUUGCCUGAGGGCAAAGUUGAGCCAGCUUCGUUCCAAGAAUGCCAGUGCAAAGGAGGUCAAGAGCCUCGUCAGCGAUAUUUCGUUGUUCAUCGCCAGCGAGGCCAUGAGCUCCACUCUCAAGGUCGUCGAUGGUCCCAAGGAUGUAUCGCCCAUCGGUGCAGAGUACACCACCAGCGUCAUUACACCCGAGACCAUCUGCCUUGUGCCCAUUUUGAGAUCGGGCCUGGCAAUGACUGAAGCCGUCCAAACCCUCCUGCCGGAUCCCGUCCCAGUCCACCACCUGGGCCUGUACCGGGAGCCGACGACCCUCGAGCCCGUCGAGUACUACAACAACCUCCCCAACCACCUGCCUCAGGGCGCCGCCGGCAAUGCCGAUCAGGUCCCGAGCCUGGCCUUCAUCCUGGACCCCGUCAUCGCCACGGGCGGAACCUGCGCCGCCGCCAUCCAGACCCUGCGGGAGUGGGGCGCCCGCCGCAUCGUCGUGCUCAGCGUCAUCGCCGCCGCCGAGGGCAUCAAGCGUGCCGCCGACGAGUGGCCCGAGGGUGUCGAGAUCUGGGUCGCCGGCAUCGAUCGGGAGCUUACCGACCGCGGCAUGUUGAGGCCUGGCUUGGGCGAUGUUGGUGAUCGUCUGUUCCUCACUAUUGGCAAGUGA